CACCGUUUGAACCUAAUAACCUUAACAGACGUCUCCAUCUGUCGAUCAGUUCCUCCAAGCGAGACCUCCCCUGUGAAGCCACCGGCCGGAGACCGUCGCACCCCCACAGCAUCACUGGAGACCGUCGACCCCACUCCUAGACUCAGUAAUGGCUUCGUCACGAGAACUACAGAAAGAGUUGGAGGGGAAAGCCAAUGAUCUCAGCAAAAUCCAAAAGGACAUAUCCAAGAACCACCAAGUCAGAAAGAAGUACACCAUCCAGCUUGGUGAAAAUGAACUUGUCCUUAAGGAAUUGGAUUUGUUGAAUGAGGAUGCAAAUGUGUACAAAUUAAUAGGACCAGUGCUUGUAAAGCAAGAUCUAGCUGAGGCAAAUGCAAAUGUUCGCAAGAGAAUUGAAUAUAUUUCAGCUGAAUUGAAACGUCUGGAUUCAACUCUUGAGGAUAUGGAGGAAAAGCAAAAUAGCAAGAAAGAAGCGAUUUAUAAGUUACAGCAAAGGAUUCAAUCUCUUCAAGCUGGAAAAGGCAAGGGAGAACUGAUGAUAAUCCAAACACUACAACGUUUCAUCAGGCAUGUUCAUGCCCUUGUACCGUUUCUUAAGCCUCUGAUUCGUGAAAUCGUAGGUGUGAUGGAUUUCAGUUUUGGGUUUAAAGGAUUUAGAAGAAAAUUUGGGGGUAAUACGACAUUUAUUGCUAUUCUGAUGCUUCAUGGAGGAGUCGAGUAUGGAGAUGAUAACGGGUCGGGUGUGGAUCGUUCCUGGGACAUGGAAAAGCGUCUUAAUGGGUUCACUUGUUGCCAGUUGAAGCAGCCUCUGGUGACGAAAAAGUAG